GCCACAGCCUGUUUGAGCAUACACAGUCAAUUUGGUAUCAUGAGCUUUGUGUGCUCUUCGAUGAGCCUCAUCUGCCGCCAGUUCAGGUAUUGGUUGAACUUUUUGCUACUCAAAUGGGUGCCCCCGUCCCUCCCAUCAAUGCAACUUGGUCCCGACGGAAGCUCUCAGAAUCCUGCCAUGGUACAAUUUUUCACCUGGGAUGCCCGGCACAAAGACAUGAGCUGGUGGGAACAUUUCACGAAAGAAGUCCCGCACUUGGCCGCACUGGGGUUCACGCAGAUCUGGCUUCCUCCGCCGAACAAAGCAAUGGAACAGACGGGUCGUGGAUAUGAUGCCUAUGAUUUGUGGGAUCUCGGGGAAUUCGACCAGAAAGGCUCCGUUGCUACGAGGUGGGGAACAAAGGAAGAAUUCUUGAGAGCUUGUAAUGCUGCAAGGCAAUGCGGCAUGAACGUCAUCAUCGACGCAGUUCUCAAUCACAAACUCGGUGCAGACAGAAUGGAAACCUUUCGUGCCGUACGUGUCGAUCCAUUAAACCGGUUGAAAGAUAUUGAGAACGAGAGAUCAGUGAAGGGCUGGACUGCAUUUGAUUUUCCUGGUCGGCUUGGGAAGUAUAGCAGCAUGCAGUGGAAUUUCAAUCAUUUUACGGGUUUGGACUGGGAUGAGCUCACGCGAACCAAUGGUGUAUUUCGCAUUUCUUCCGAAAGACACAAAGGUUGGUCAAAGUGGGUGGACAGCGAGAAUGGGAACUAUGAUUAUCUCCUAGGAAUCGAUAUUGACCACCGUCACCCUGAAGUACGUAACGAUCUGUUUUCGUGGGGCUCAUGGGUCCUUGACACCACAGGUGCCUGCGGAUUUAGACUGGAUGCCAUCAAACACAUGGACCGCAGAUUCCUUCUCGAGUUUAUACAAAGAACUCGGAAACUUCCAGGCAGGGAGCGAUUGUUUGCGGUAUCAGAGUACUGGUCAGCCAACUUGCAACUUCUAAUCCCAUAUAUUCGGGCGUUCCAUGGCCAGACCUCCUUUUUUGACGUUCCACUACACGAAAACUUUCACAGAGCAAGCAAAACAGGUGCUUCAUACGACUUGAGGACCAUUCUUGAAGGUUCUCUGGUAAAAUUGAGGCCAGGAGAUGCCGUUACUUUUGUUGACAAUCACGACACGCAAGUCGGCCAGUCCCUGGAGAGCUGGGUGGACACCAACUUCAAAGCUCAAGCGUAUGCUAUCAUUCUGCUGCGAUGCCACGGAUAUCCAUGUGUUUUCUAUGGUGACCUGUAUCCGAAUGAUGAGUGUUUUGACGAGGGCACCUCCCGCAUUCUGAAACAGUUACUCCUUGCACGGAAAUCGUUUGCAUAUGGACCCAUGGUAGAUUACUUUGAUCACAGAAACUGCAUUGGAUUUGUGCGCAUGGGCGAUUCCGAUCAUGCUGGGUGCGCUGUUGUGCUCAGUAAUAUCCCAAUGCCGGACCUAACUACGUCCAAAGUUCGAAUGAACGUUGGCCCGCAUCAUGGAACAACAUUCCGCAGCUUGUUUGACGGCACCCGAACUGUUGCAAUUGACCGCGAUGGUUGGGGAGCAUUUCCUUCUUCAGAGGACUGUGUUGAGGUCUGGGUCAAAACUGGAGAACGUUAAUGUCCAAUAAUCUCGACAGGUCCAGUGUUGCAUAAGUAUAAGUAAACAGGGCAUAAUACAACAUCGCGAUGGGUGGUUCCCUUUUUAUUUCACAAAUGUAAUGGCAGACUCUUCCGACUGCGAAUCGAUACGCGUAGGUGAUUCUAAGUCAUAGCUUAGGAC